AAAACUGUUUGAACACGUACAUUCAUGGAAAUCGUUUAUGACAUUUACCUUCCUGGUUGUUUAAAAGUGACUUUGAGACUAAGAGGAUCAUUUAUGAUGGCUACAAGAGACUUGCUCGUCGGAGCAAUAGACUUCGGCACAACAUAUUCUGGCUGGGCUUUCUCCUUCCUGCAUGAUUUUCAGACGGAUCCGACAAGAGCGUCGGUCAAACAAUGGCACUCAGGGUCUGGGAUUCUGGUAACAGAAAAAGCACCCACGUGUUUGUUGAUAAAGUCAGAUGGAAAGACACUUGAAGCUUUUGGAUAUGAUGCUGAAAACCAAUACAGAGAACUUACCGACACAGGAGCCCACAAAGAAUAUUAUUACUUUAGAAGAUUUAAAAUGGCACUCAACAAGAAACUUGGUGAGAAUCUGGACCGUAAAAUGACCAUAGAAGAUGAAAUGGGAAAAUCGAUGAAUGCGUUAAACGUGUUUGCCAUGGCAAUAGAAUUCUUAGUUGGGGAUAUGAUGAAGAAUGUAAAAGAUAAACUAACAUCCGCUAUUGGAAAAGAUGAAGUCCACUGGAUACUUACUGUCCCAGCAAUAUGGACAGAUGCUGCCAAACAAUUUAUGAGAGAAGCGGCUGUACAGGCUGGCCUUUUAACAAGUAACUUGACGAUUGCACUUGAACCAGAAGCAGCAUCGAUAUUCUGCCGCCAUCUAUCGGUGGACACAACCAUUUCUGGUGGAAACACUUCAAUAGCGAAGAUGCCUGUCGGUACUAGAUACAUGGUUCUCGAUGCAGGAGGCGGAACAAUAGAUAUAACGGUACACGAGGUUGUCAGUGAGAACAGCGUUAAAGAGAUCCAGUCCGCAAGUGGUGGUGGAUGGGGAGGAAUGCUUGUUGAUAAAGCGUUUGAAAACCUUCUCAUUGACCUAGCUGGGCAAAAGGUUUAUGACGUUUUUAAACGAACAGAGACAGAGGACUGGCUUGACCUCUGGCGAGAUUUUGAAGUGAAAAAGCGAGCUGUUGCACCGGAAAAGACUGCUCGUGUAAAUAUGAAAUUUCCUCUUUCGUUCAGCAACACAUUUGAAAGAGUCACUAAAGGAAAGCUAUUGGAUGCCAUUGAAGCUUCAAAGUAUGCAAGUGAUAUUGAGUUUGGCGGAGACAAGAUGAAAAUGUCCGCCAGUCUCUUCAAGAGCCUUUUCGAGCAUUCUAUAGGAAAAACUAUCGGGCAUGUCACAAGCCUUCUUCGAGAUGAAAACGUAAGGAAGAUAACAUCCAUUUUGAUGGUCGGCGGUUUUUCUGAGUCUCCUAUGCUUCAACAAGCAGUAAGAGAAGCGUUCCCAGGGAUAGACGUUGUAAUACCCCUCGGUGCAUCGUCUACUAUUCUAAGAGGAGCUCUUGUUUAUGGGCACAGUCCGAUAUCUAUUAGAGAGAGGGUCUUGAAAUAUACAUACGGAGUUGGAACUACAAGCAAAUUUAGAGAGGGAAUUGAUCCUGAGCAUCUUCAAACUACUACCGCUACUGGCAAAAGAUGCCGCACAUUUAGCAAACACGUAGAAAGAGGUCAAACCGUGAAAUGUAAUGAGAAACAAGUAGAAAAGGGUUAUAGAACAUCUCAUAAGUUUCAGAAGAAAAUACGAUUCCCUAUUUACGCUUCUGAAGACAUUGAUAUAAGAUAUAUAGAUGAAUGUAUAUAUAUUGGAGAGAUCGAACUCCAGUUAAAGGAUCCAGACGAACUCCCUGGCAGACGAGUUGUCGUCUCCAUGACAUUCAGUGGAACUGAAAUUGUCGUCAAAGCUGUCGAUGAGAAAACCGGAGAAGACACAUGCGUUUUUGUUAAUCUUCUGGGAUAGAGUAGUUUUUGAGAGCACUUACAAUGUUAAAAGUGCUGCACUUUGACUUGACAACAGACCGUGCGAAAUUUUAUUUUUAAGUCAUACAUUGUAUGUAAAUAACAUCACGUUUAGAAAUAAAAAUAACCAUAUUUGGUGUAUGAAAGUAAAAAUACAUUAAGGUAAAAGUUCGUGUUAAUACUGGUAUUGCUUUUUGUAAACACAAUGUGCACAAUUAUUAAAAUUCAGCACAUGGACAUGCAUGUAGAUGUUUGCAAUGAUUCAUUCAAAUGUAUUUGUAAACAUUAACAUUAAUGUGUAAAUCAAUAAGAUUAUAUUCUCAUUCUUUAGAACCAUUGAUCAUCGACUGUUCCGGCCGUUUGUUUUGCACAAAAGCUUACGUUGUGAGAAAAUGAUGUGUAAGCCUUGUGAACGGUUGAUAAAAACAUAAAAUUUGUUAUAUUUUCUCUUCCCCAGGGAUCAAGUUUAUUAAUGUCGACGUGAAAAUAACACAUUGUAAGGUUUGAACAUGUCUGGAAGUUUACAGCUCUAUGUAAGACGUUUUAUGAAUGGUUAUCAAAAGUAUUAAUAAACAACGUAUCAAACAAGAAUGUGACAAAGGAGGACAAAGCUAAGUCCAGAACAGUGAUAUAAAAUUGGUCAAACAAAAUGUGACAUAAAUGCUCGGAUAUAUAUUUGCUAAAUGUAACAUAAUAUGCCUUUUAAUUAACGUGAAGAAACAAAUAAACAUUCAGUAUGACCCAUGUGUCACAUGAAUUGUCUCAAUAGGAGGAUGGUGGGGAAGAAAGAGGAAAGAGCGAACACUUUUCAGUAAAUGAGCGGUUUUUUGUAGUAUAGCAGCUUACCGAUGUCGGACGAUUUAUUAUGUACUAUUUAUUGAUGGUAAAGAAAGACAUUUUAACUUAAUGCGCAUUAUUUUGCUAAAAGUAAUAACACUUUUUUGUUGUUAAUAAAAAGGGAAUAAUAGCAUAAGAGUAAUAACUUUAAUCAUCUAUUGAGUACUUACUUUAAUCAUACACUUUCUGUCUUUAGAUUGUUUUUUUUCUAUUCUAGAAAUUUCAACGAUCAAUAUAAGGUUAAUGUCAUCCAAUUAAAGUAACGUGAGUUUGUUCUACUAUUUAGUUAUUUUAAAGUAAACAUAAAUUUAUCGUGUUCUAACUGCAGUUGCUUUUCCAUCUGAUUACAAAACCCGAAUUGAAAUGCAAGGUCUUCUUUAACGUUGUUUUCCCCCUUUUGAAUUUCUCAUCUUUAGCUUACGAAAAAUCAAUUGCAAUACUGUUAAAGUUCAAAUCAUACGAACUAUUGGUUGUAUGUUAUCCUGUUACUUACCAUUUUGUAAUCAAAUUAUACAUUUGUAGGAGAUAUGAAAAGCACCUUAUUUUAGUUUUAUUAAGUAUUGAUUUUUUAUGUGCGUGAUAUGUUACACUGUUAUUGUUUAUAAAUGUCAGAUUACAUGUUUAUUAUAAAUACAGUGUAUUACUUUCGUAGCUUUCUUAAUAUUAAAAAUUAGUUAAGCUAUAUUAUUUCCUUUAUUAUACUCUUAUAUGUUUGAUUACAACAUUUAUGCACAUAUUUACCAAAUCUGAGUGAUGUUAACUCUGUGUUGUCUGGCAUGCAUUUACCAUCUAUAUAGUAUUUGAGCUGUAACAUAAAUACAAUGUAAAUGCUUGUAAGUAGAAGUAGACAAUAAUUAGUAUUAUGUACAGACUUGUAUGAUACGUAUGUGGUGUGCAAUAGAAAAGGGAGGUAUAUCUGCAGCACAUAUAUAAAAUAUGAUAAACAAGAUCAUCAAGAAAAGGCGGCGUUCAAUGAACGACAAUCUUUAGUACUUAAUUCCUUUAAGAAUGACUAUAUAUGCCUUGUUUUUUAUAUGUACUAAAUCUUUAUGUAUAUGUAUAAAUGAGCUUAUAAUAUAGAAUUAACAGUUAUUCUUUACAUAAAUUUUACACAUCAUUGUUAAUAAUAACUACUUCGUCCGAAACCUGGGGUGUAUGUUAACUAGCUAGAAGGAGUUUAACUAGAUUUGAGUAUAGCUUUGUACUUUUUGGUGUCUAAAUUAAAAUUUAUUCAAUCAUAUUAUUUUACUAUUGUUCUAUUUGUGAGUUUUAUAACAAAUUAGUUUUGUUCUAAUAUCUCUAGUUCAAUAUGUAGGUUAACUAUGUGUUACUCCCAAGUGUGUACUCUAUGUUAUAGAUUUUACGUCAUAUGAACUUUAAGUGAAAAAUGUUCUUUUAAUGUUUUCGUUGAUGUAGACUAUCAAAUUUGCAAAAGAUAAUGUAUUUGAUCUAGAUAAUUCGAGUUCCUUUUUGUGUCGCUUUGAAAAAGGCGACAUAUAGGGGUUACUUUUGUCGGCGGUAUCGGCGUCUUCGUCGUUGUCGGCGUCCCCUUAAGCUUCUCCGGAGCAUAAGUCAGUCAUUAUAAGUCGGAUUGAUGCAUGCUACUUAUAAUGACACGAAGUGCAGUGCACAAGAACUGGUACUCUGCACUUUAUUAAGUUUUGAGUUAUUGCCCUUUGUUAAUUUUCAAACCUUAUUUUUGUCCGGGUCAUUUCUCCUAAUCUAUAAAAGCUAUGGACUUGCAACUUCAUAGGAUUAUAGAUCUCAUUUAGAAGAAUUGCAGUGCACAAGAACCGGUACUUUGCAUUUCUUAUUAUUUGAGUUAUUGCCCUUUGUUAAUUUUCAUAUUUUAUUUUUGUCCAGGUCAUUUCUCCUAAAGUAUAAAAGCUAUGAACAAAAACUUCAAUGGAUGAUAGAUCUCUUUAAGAAGAAGUGCAAUGUACAAGAACCGGUUCACUUCAUUUCUUAUUUUUUGAGUUAUUGUCCUUUCUUUAUUUUCAUACUUUAUUUUUGUCAAGGCCAUUUCUCCUAAAGUAAAAAAAGCUAUGGACAUGAAACUUCAUAGGAUGAUAGAUCUCAUUAAGAAGAAGUGCUGUUCACAAGAACCGGUACUCUGUAUUUCUUUAAUGAAUUAUUACCCUUUCUAAAUUUUCAUACUUUAUUUUUUUCCAGGCCACUUCUCCUAAAGUAUAAAUGCUAUGGUCUUAAAACUUCAUAGGAUGAUAGAUCUCAUUAAGGAAAAGUGCAGUGUACAAGACCCGGUACUCUGCACUCCUUAUUUUAGAGUUAUUACCCUUUAUUUAUUUUCAUACUUUAUUUUUGUCCAGGCCAUUUCUCAUGAAUUAGACUUGAAACUUCAUAGGAUGAUAGAUCUUAUUGAUAAGACGUGCAUUGCACAGAAACUGCUGCUCUGCAUUUCUUAUUUUUUGAGUUAUUGACCUUUGUUAAUUUUCAUAUUUCAUUUUUCCUGGCCAUUUCUUACUAUUAUGAUAUUGUUCACAAGGCGACACAUCCGACUCGCGGAGUUCUAGUUUGGAACUCGGUCUUUCAAUGCGCAUUUUUUUAUUGGUUUACGCCAGUGUGGCACCUCGAAGAUUCAUUCUUUGAUUCAAACAGUAACUUUUAAAUAGUGUUGCAUUGCUUUGGCGAAAUGUACUUCGUGCCAUGAGGAAUUAAAUACUAGUAUGUUUCAUGAAAGAACGUCUAUCAACUCAAUAUAAUUUUGAAUUCAUGAAUUUUAUUAUUAUUAUUCAAUAUUGGCUCAAUCACAUUUGCGAAGCCUCUGGCGUCAGCACCUUGUCGAUGACUCGAUCGCAUUUAUAUAAAUGUAAGUAAUUUAUUGUUAACAAAGCUCUUAGAUUUAUUUUUUGUGAUGAGCCAGAAGUGAUGUUGGCACAAUGCUACAUGCACGAUUAAGAAGGCUAACAUUAACUUUAUGGAAGAGAAACCACUUAAGGUGUGUCUCCUUGUGAAAGAAAAUGCUCGAGUUGAUAUUUGGUUAAAGUUCUAGCAAUAUUAUAUGCAUUGAGGUAUUUCUU